CACACACUUUAUCCCCAAAACGCGCAUAAUAUCCCCUCCUCCCCCACACCGUUCUCCCUCUCCAUAUCUCUCCUUCACCUUUCCCCUUUGUGUUGCUCACGAAAAAGAAAAAAGCUAAAUAUUCCUCUUCCUUAUUCCGUUCUUCUUCUUCCCUAACCAUGUCUGCUUUAAUAGAUCUAUAAACCCUUUUCCGGUUUUUCUCAGAAAAUCUCUUCCUCCUCCCCCCUUUCCCGGUGAAAAUGGAGUCGAUCAGGUCAGAUCUACGGGGAAGGAUAUAUCCUGAACCGGUUGAUCACUUCGACCGGAUACCUGACUCGGUUCUUCUCUUAGUCUUCAACAACAUCGGUGAUGUUAAAGCCUUAGGCAGAUGCUGUUUGGUUUCGAAGCGCUUCAAUUCCCUUGUCCCUCUUGUCGAUAGCGUUAUCGUUCGUGUCGAUUGUGUUAUCUCCGACGAUGAUUCGUCCUCUCCGUCCACGUCUAACGCCGUUACUUCCGCCGUUACCUCCGAUAAGUCACGCCAUCCUAUCUCCUCCCUUUUCCGCCUUGUUUUCUCUGGCCUUCUUAAACCCUUCCAAUCCAUUUCCCAAUUCAUCUCUGUUUCUUCUCGACAUGCUGGAGCCUCUGCGUCCGCGGAUGAUGUUGAUGGUGAUUUUGAUCAUACAUUUGUGACCCACCAUUCCCCUACACAAGUUUUGAAGAAUUUCAAUGAGAUCAAGUUUCUGAGAAUUGAAUUGCCUAGUGGUGAGCUGGGGAUAGAUGAUGGUGUGUUAUUGAAAUGGAGAGCUGAUUUUGGAUCCACUCUUGAUAAUUGUGUUAUCCUUGGAGCCUCCUCUGUCAUCCACAGCAAUAAUAGUGUUAGAACCGAGGAUGAACAGUGUAGAAAUGGGUGGGAGAAUGAGAAUAACAAUGACAACAACGUUGGUGAAGGCAAUGUAGAGAUGGAUAACGGGAGCAUACCGGAGUCGUUUUACACCAACGGGGGUUUGAAGUUGCGCGUAGUGUGGACAAUUAGUUCGCUAAUUGCAGCGUCUGCGAGACAUUAUCUGCUGCAGCCAAUAAUAGCAGAGCACAAAACACUGGACAGUUUGGUAUUGACAGAUGGGGAUGGACAAGGAGUGUUGUGUAUGAAUAGGGAACAGCUGGAGGAAUUGAGGGUGAAGCCUUUAUCAGCUUCGUUGGCUUCGAAGAGGACUUUGGUGCCUGCGCUGAAUAUGCGCCUUUGGUAUGCCCCGCAUUUAGAGUUGCCUAAUGGAGCAGUGCUCAAAGGGGCGACUUUGGUGGCGAUUAGGCCCUGUGAGCAGCCGCCUAAGAAAGAGGAUGGGAAUUGGGUAGCUGCCGCAUUUGAGGAGCCUUAUGGGACGGCUGCGAGGAUGUUGUUGAAGAGGAGGACUUAUUGUCUUGAGAUGAACUCUUUCUGAGCGUAGAGUUCAAGUGGUUGGAUAGAUUCAGGCAUUUCUGAGGGGAAACAUAUCUUCUAGGGAAGGUGGAUCAGCUCAUCAUGAAAAGCAGAGGAAGAGCACAAUUUUGGUUUGAGCUAGCUUGCCCCUGAGUUGUUUGAUCAAGGCAGCCUUGAUUCUAAAGAAGAAUUGCCUAUUGUUAGCUGGCAAUGAGCUUUAAAUCGACCCAAUUUAUGUGCUCAAAUGAAUAGAUACAGGCAUCUGCUUUAGUUUUAGUUUUGGGCAUAUGCUUCUAAGGGUGCACAUAAAGCUUCCGGAUUGAUGUCAUGAGAGCUUUGUGCCUUUGUAGUCAUACACAUUUGAUAGUUACCUGUCUCUGUGAAUAAUGUAGGUAUGCAUGUCAUAUACUUUGUCAUGUACCUUUAAGGAUGAUUGAACAAUGAAAUGUGCACUGCAUUUCUGCAUUUGUUGAUGUUCUUA